AGCGCUGUUCAAAGAUCUGAGAAAGAGCUCGAGAUGAUGCGCCAUCAAUUGGGUUCAGCACUACCAGAUAGACCAGAAUCGUUUGAUCCACACAUCAGACAUCUGCUUGCAGCAAGAAGAUUAGAUCAGUCAGCGCUUGUUAAUAUGUAUCUGAAGUGCGGAGGUCAACAAUGGGCAGAAGCUGUAGACCUUGAUCUAGCGAUGGCGGUUGUAAAAUAUUGCAUGGACAGUCGUGUUGAUGGUUUGUAUCAUUAUUUGACUUUGUUGUUUUAG